GGACAACGCCACAUGAAGAAGCUUAAUGAAAAACAGACAGCUGACAUGAUUAAAUUUACAUGUCAGCGACCAAGCGAUCGUGCUAACAAAAUUAAUAGAGGGAUCAAUUUACUGAAUUAUCGUGAAAACGAGCAAAUGAGAGAGUUCGGAAUGAGGGUUUCCAACGAAAUGGUGAUCACACCGGCUCGUGUAUUGCCCGCGCCGGUUAUAAACUAUCAUCCUUCCUCCAAGGAUUCAUCAUUCGCACCCAGAGAUGGAUCAUGGAAUUUGCGAGAUAAGAAAGUUGCUAAUGGUGCGACUCUCGGCUCAUGGUCUGUGCUCGCUUUUGGAAGCGAACGUGACUUUCCGCAUCAAUCAAUCAAAGGUUUUGUUCGAGAACUAGUCAUCACUUGUUCUGACACCGGAAUGAAUAUUCCAAAAAGAGAUCCUCCGGUGAUGCAUGCAAACCCUAGUGGAAAUGUCGAAGAACAUUUGAAACAAGCGUUCCUCCGUGCUGGACAAGAAUCCAAACAGAAACCGCAAUUGGUUCUGUGCAUUCUUCCAAACACUGGUCAACAACUUUAUGGUAGUAUCAAGUUUGCAUCUGAUACGGUACUCGGUGUUGCGACUCAGUGUGUUCAGGGAAAACACAUAUAUCAACCGAAAAAGCAAUAUUGCGCAAACGUUUGUCUCAAGAUCAAUGUAAAAUUGGGUGGAAUGAAUUCAUACAUUAAACCAAACUUAGUUCCAUUCAUAACCGACAAACCAUCGAUCCUCAUGGGUGCUGAUGUGACUCACCCUGGACCUGGUUCUACCAAACCGUCGAUAGCAGCGCUUUGCGCGUCCUUGGACAACCAUGCUUCACGAUAUGCAUCCACCAUACGAGUUCAGUCAUCACGAGUAGAAAUGAUCGCUGAUCUGAGUGGAAUGGUCAAGGAGAUGCUGAGGGCCUUCUAUCAGAAUUGUGGAAAAAAACCUGCGAGAAUUCUAUUUUACAGGGACGGUGUUUCAGAGGGACAAUUUCACGAGGUGAUUAAAAAGGAAGUAAAGGCGAUCAAGGUUGUAGAAUCGACCAUUGUGCACCCUGUUGAGUUUGACUUCUACAUACAAAGCCAGGCUGGUCUACAAGGAACUUGUCGUCCCUCUCAUUAUCACGUAUUACACGAUGAAAAUAAAUUUACUCCCGACGAACUUCAAGCACUCUCCUAUAACUUGUGUUAUGUAUAUGCGAGAUGUACACGAUCGGUCUCUUUAGUCCCCCCUGUGUACUAUGCUCAUUUAGUAUGCGCGAGAGCUCGUUUGCACUCAAAAGAUGGCAUUAUGAGUGAAGAUAGUUCAGAGGAAAGUGAAGAAAAUAUUACCGCUUCUUACCGUCCCUUAAAACCGGACUUGCAAAAGGUCAUGUAUUUCAUGUGA